UUGCCUCAUCCCACCCCACUUAUUCAGAAUACCGUAAAUCUGAAUAAUGGACGAGCUUAGACCUCUUUGCGAAGUACCCACCUUUGGAAACACAGAUAGCAAAUACCAGCAAAUCCAAGUAAAUCUUGCUAAGCUCUCCCUACUACUGGGCACAACUCCAGACCUUCUUGCCUCCGAGGAACUCCAGACAUACCUGAUCACCAUCCUCCACCCGCCACACGGCCUCCUCCCCGCUGAACAGUAUUUCCGAGAGGAAGAUGACAACAAGGAUGGGCCAGCGCGCGACCAAACCGCCUGGUAUCCUUUCCACAAGGUCUCUGAAAAGGCUCUAAUGCUCCUCCACUCCUCACUCUCUCACACACCACCCCCAUCGGUAGCACGGUCAAACAUCGCUAUCGCAGCCAUAACGUACGCCGAUCUUGCAGAUCCGUGGACUAGCCCCACAUCCCACCAUCUCUCUGCGACACUCCGAUCCUCCAAUCGAGAACUAAGCUCCGCACAAACUCUCGUGGCAAUCCUAACAACCACUAUAAAGCCCUUAUUUAAAUCUCCGCUCACUCCCGCCGGCCGCGCUCCACAGCGUGAAUCCACGAACAAAGGCGCGGCAUUGCAGACACCUAUCUGGCCCAGGGAGCUACCGCAAGCCGUAACCCUACUAUCCUACAUAACGGCGCAUUUAUCCACCGAUACGCUGGAGAGCGCAUGGCCAUUGCUCAUACCCCCGCUAUUAAGCAUCCACGAUGGCACGAACCCUGAGCACAAAACUUCUGCGAGUAAUCUACUUUCCGCUCUGCUACCGAAACUACCCGACGGGCUACUGACCAGGACUGGGCUCGUGCCGGUUCUGCGUGAUGCACUCGUACCAGACUUACUCCUUCUGCCACCUUUGACUCCGACGAGAUAUUCGGUACCGCUGCUGCGGGCGACGUACGGAGUCUUGAGAACUCUCGCUCAGACGUCCGCCACGGAUAACCGCCCCCGAGUGGAACAGCUGGAUGCGAUAUUUUACAUUGGCAUUGUCCGAGGCUUCACCUUUGCCGGUGAGAAUGCACGGAUCGCGGGGGAGCUUAUGCGUCAAAUAUCCGCGCUAGUGAUGGACAUGAAGGUUUACGCAGUGAGACAUUUGGGCGACCUGGUUCGGAUUUUUGGCACGGUUUUGGGUGAUCCGUUUGUUGGGGUUGCACAGGGUUUGCUGGCCGCUACGCUAGAUGCCGUGGAAACUAUGGUGGGAGUCUGCUGGGUCAGACUUUGUAGAUAUGUUCCUGAGGUGUUGAAAGCUAUAACGAGCUGUUAUAGGACGGUUUGUUGGGGAGGUGAGAGGAAGGGGGGGGCUGAGGUGGUUGAUAGAUUGAGGAAGAUUGUUAGUAUUUUAAGGAGUGUGAUGGCGGCGGAGAAGAGGGAAGUGGAGAUGGUCGAACUGGAGGAAAGCAUCGCCCAAGCGGACGGGAGAUUGGCCGGGCUAUUCGAUUCCGGAUGA